AUAAGCUGCAGCAUGAACUGAAGUUCCUCUGCGGAGUGAAUCACUUUCACUUAUCUGCCUUGGCUUCUUCGCGAGAACACCUUCAGCAAUUGUUUUCUCACAGCUCAGUGCCUGUUUAGCUGUCAGACGAUUCAUAAAUUUCUGUUUUAAGAAGUCUGUAUCAUCAUUUUCCAAAAUGGCGACCGAGCACUCACACGCGGAACAAAGCAAAGGGCUCAUGGAGAGAGCUAAAGAAACGGUCAUUACUGCUGGCGAGACUGCGAAAGGAGCAGCAGUGGACGCUUACAAUGCUGCAAGCGAGGGCGUGGCUAGUCUGACUAGGCAUAUCAGCGGAGAGAAUCACGGCGACACUGCAGAGAAAAAAGCAUACGAAGCAAAAGACGCGUCUAAGGAAGCUGCCGCUUCAAUAGGCCAAGGCGUUUCUAACGCGGCUCGCGAUGUAUCAGAAGCUGUCUCGAAGGACCCCAAGGUUCAAGAAAAGCUUGGCUAGAUGUUUUUCGUGAAGAAGUGCAGUUCAUAUCGUGUGAGAUGAGGAUAGCAUAGUUCUUUAUACGAGGAUCAAGAGGCCGUACUCUUUUGACAAGCUUUUUGUGCUCAUCUGCGUUUAUCGAAGCGAUUUGUGCUAAUUUUCGGGCGCCCCAAUCGACCACUUCAGGUGUUCGUCGAGUGUGCACGAGACUCUGCAAUCCAUUGAAAACAGCCUUACGCCACAACUCGCAAUGUAUCUUCUCGAAACAUUGUUGUUCAAUUUGUCUUUCACAGUUCGACUGAGCCUUAUGGUAAGUUCUGUCUUGUUUUGAGUUGAAAGAAACGCUCAACACCAAAUGUUCUACCAGCUACUGCCCACUUGAUGGUGCUUAUGGUAAUCUUUUUUCCCCAGUGCAAUCUAGAACGGUGUCUGCCAAAAACAAACGGCCAAUGCCCGUGCCACAGGAAGCCAAUAACAUUUACACCACAUAGGUCGUAAAUCGUCGAGAUAAAUUUGUUGGUGAGUCGGCGGAAAAAGUUUUUUUUUCGGAAGAUGAGCCAGGUCGCAAUAAACUUCAUGAUGGAAUGCUCCACCGAACACACGAAUCACCGAGAACGGAUUUUUCUGCCGCAGGCUUU